AUGGACCUCUCUACAGUAGAAGAAAAUUUGAAUGAUAGUGAUGAUAAAAGUGAAGAAGAAGAAGAACUUGGUGCUGCUACCAAUAUGGACCUACAGCUUUCUGUUGAUCGUGGUUUAGCUGUAAUGGAAACAGUAGCAGCGGAAACACCGGAAAAAGUAGAAAGUAGAACAGGAGCAGAAAAGUCAUUACCUUUAGUACCACAAAAGGAAACUGAAAGAACCUCCUCUCCAUUGACAUCUUCUUCCACUCAAGCCUCUCAGCAGUUAAAAUCAUCUAUGAUGACUGAUGAUAUUCUUCGAAAGCACAAGAAGCAUGUGUUUAUACUCACAAGCUCGGGUAAACCUGUAUUUUCACGUUAUGGAUGUGAGAAUGAAUUUAGUGAUAUCUUUGGUGUUUUUCAAGUGCUUAUUAAUAUGGCACAACAACGUUGUAAUACUGGUACAACAUUUCAAAAUCAACAAGAAAUUGGUCUACGUUGUUUGACAGCAGGUGAUCUUUGUAUAUACUUCCAUGUGGAAGGGGAAGUAUAUUAUGUGUUGGUAACACGUACAGGUGAGUCACCGCGUAGUUGUAUGCGGCAAAUGCGACAAUUACAUCUUCAACUUCUUAGUCUUUUACCAAAUGUUGGUGAUAUUCUAGCACGUUGUCCAUCGUACGACUUGCGCCGCCUUAUUUCCUCUGCUGAUGUUGGGGUAAUACAACAACUUAUACGAAGUAAUAGUCAUGAAGAGUGUUAUUUGUUUCGCUGUCUUUCUGCUGCACCUCUUUCAGUAGCACGUCGUCGAAUGCUUGAGACACUUCUUGCACGUCAUCACGGUUCAUCUUUUAUAAAUGAGUAUAAUGCUGAUAAACAUGUUGAUACGAUGUCAGCGGCAUCAUCAUCAUCAUCAUCAUCAUCAGUAUUAGCAGCGAAACAUCAUCUUUUUAGUUUCUUUCUUUUUCGUGGACGUAUUGUGUGUGCAGUUGGACCGGCUAACUCUGAUGCUUUCCUUCAUAUCGAUGAUGCUCUUCUUUUAUUAAACUUUGUCCGUUGUCUCGCUCAUUCACAAGAGGGAGAAAUAUGGGCACCAAUUUGCCUACCACGAUAUAAUAACACUGGUUACUUAUGGUGUUACUGCACCAACAUGAGUGUGAUGGCACGUGAAUCUCGACAUGCGCGUGAUAGAUCUGCCUCCUUUGAUUCUACAUCUCAUCUAGCAACUAGCCAGCAUGAGCAGCAGAACCCAGAGGUGGCUGAUGUGGAUGCCAAUAACUCUUCUCAUGAGACUCCAGCAGACUAUACAAAGUCAGAGGGACUGUUAUUAGUUUAUAUUGCUGUGAACCAGGGUAUUUUUUCAUUUCUUGCAGAACAGUCGUACCAAAUAGCACGUCGAUUAAUACCAGUGAUUAGUUUACUAGAGGAGGAACUCUCUCGACGGGAGAAUGUUCCCUUAUCUCUUGUUUCAGCAAAUAGUAGAGCAGCGGCCUUACAACAUCAGAAAAUGUCUCAAUUAAUGGUAAUGGCUAGACAACUAAAGCAGCAACAAGAGCAAGGGCAACAACAACAACAACAACAGCAAUCGGAGGGUUUUAAUGUUGAAGAUACAAUUCCACCUUCCUUUUCAACUAGUACUACUGAUUGGAACUAUACGACAUCAAUGUCAUUCAUUCACGAAGAUGGGCUACAGUGGUUUGCGGUGAUUUUUAGAGGUCAAAGAAGUGGUGAGGGAUCAGCUAGAAUUGUGUAUAGUGAACCUUCAUCAGCUAUGCGUUUUAGUGCACAAGAGCGUAAACGACAAUUACGUUUGGUAGUUAGACGACGGGAUCAACUGGCGCAUCAUUCACAAUUAUCUGAACCACUUCUCUUGCUUCACACAGAGGGUGUAAACAUUCUCGUUAUGUGGCCAACACCAACAUUGGUAGCAUCCAUCAUGCAGCAGUUUUGUAGUACAGUCAGUAACAGUAACAACAAAUCAUCAUCAUCCUAUCAAGUGAGUGAACAUAACACUACUGUUCCGGUAACAUUGAAUGAAGCAAUGUCUGCCUGUAAUCGUGUUCGUGAACUCAUGCUUAUCUUUCUACCUGAUGUACCAAAGCAACAGAUGCUUCGGUGCGCGAUGCGUGUAAUGAUAAAAUUAGUGGCUUGUGAAGCCGAACUCUCCUUUCAGCAGGUACGUGGUGGUGGAAGAUAA